AUGAAAGUUUGCUCCAGUGAUGAGAUAGAGGUGUACGAAGAAGUAGGACGUGGUGGAUUUGGUGUUGUUUACCGUGGUAUAAUCAAAUCCAAUCAACAAGAAGUUGCAAUCAAACAAAUUGAUCUUGAACAAGAUACAACCGACUUGAUUGAAAUCAACAAAGAAAUUCAAAUCCUAAGUGAAUGUAAAUCGCCUCAAAUAACAUCCUACUAUGGGUCAUUCGUUAAAAACUACAAGCUUUGGGUGAUUAUGGAGUAUGUUGACGGUGGAUCGAUUUUUGAUUUGUUGACACCGGGGACCAUUUCUGAUGAAACAACCAUUGCAUACAUUGUGAGGGAAGUUCUACUAGCUUUGAAAUACCUACAUAACCAAGGCAAGAUUCAUCGUGAUUUAAAAAGUCAAAAUAUCUUGGUUAAUAAACGGGGAGAGAUCAAAUUGACUGAUUUUGGCGUUAGUACACAAUUGAGUUCAAAUUUUUCCAAACGCAACACCACAGUGGGGACACCAUAUUGGAUGGCACCAGAAGUGAUUUUGAAUUCGGAAUCAGGUCAUGGGUUCAAAGCUGAUAUUUGGUCAUUGGGAUGUUGUGCGUAUGAGAUGUUGACAGGGAAACCACCGUUACAGAACCAUAUUGCACCAAUGAGAGCAUUGCGGUUAAUCUCACAAUGUCAAACCAAUGGUGAUUUCAUUAAACUUAUUGAGUUGGAUCUGUUGGAUGCAUCAGAAAAUUUCCGGGAUUUCUUGAGUGUGUGUUUUAUUGAAAAUACCAAAAUGAGGUUUGAUGCAAGUAAGUUGUUGAAGCACACAUUUAUCAAUCGUAAAAUUGACAAUGGAUCCAAAUUCAUAAAGAAAUUAAUCACUAGAAGACAAUUGUGGAAUCAACAACAUGCAAAUUUCAAACCUAAAUCGUACUAUGUUGAAACGGAAAUGCAUCAUAAUCAAUCUAAAUGGAACGAUCAAGUUGAAACAAAUAGGGACGACCACGAAGUCCAUUUCGAUAUCAGCUCCAUCACUAUCAACGAGGACAAUGAUACUUUUCUUAGUAGCCCCGUGCAAGAGGAUUUACAUGCUGAAACGAAAACACAAUUCCAAAAAAUACACACCAAGGUGGUGAAUAAGGUUGACAUCAAAUGUGGAUUACUGGAUAAUCAACUGAAAACAUUCAACAAAUUAAAGAACGACAUGGUGUCACUUAUUACAGAGCGUAAUGAUAAAAUUGUUUUAUUUCAGUAUUUGAAAUACUUGUUCAAAGAACUAUCUAAAGACAAGAACAAGCAAUUGGGUAAGUUGAUUCUACCAUCCACUCAACGGCGCGAGGAAGAAAUAGCAACACCUAGCAUGAUGACAACGUCAGCAACAACAACAGGAACAGCAACAACAACAGGAACAGCAACAACAACAACAACAACAACAGCAACAGCAACAGCAACAGCAGCAUCAUCUUUAAAGAAUCGAAUUCAAUUCAACAAGUUUGAUGAGAUUGAGCUGAGUCUAAUGGAUUCGUGGAUCAAAAAGAUGAAAACAUAA